AUGCGCCAAGCGUUCAUUGGCAUUACUCCUGUGGCCUUACUGUGCUUCGACAUUAGCUCGGUCGAGUCUUUCGAGAAUGUCGAGCGUAGAUGGAAUCAUGAGGCCGACUUGUACCCAGGGAACGUGUCCAAGAUCCUCGUGGGCUGCAAGAAGGAUCUCGGAGCUGAGGCCGUGAGGAGUGUUUGGGUGCGCGAUGCUUACAAAAUGACGGCGAAGAUCAACGCGAACGUGUAUUUUGAAACGUCUGCUGUUACGAAGGAAGGGCUCGAGGCACUUUUCAGCCAUGUGGCGCAGAUAUCUGCACGGUGA